AUGGCGCCUUCCUUAGGCAUGGCACCACCGUCUGCUGUGUCCAUGGAGGAUCUUGAGAAGCCUGUAAGCAGUUUAAAGGACAAAUGGAAAUUGCUCCCGUAUUUCUUGCAGUUACGAGGACUUGUGAAGCAGCACAUUGACUCGUUUGACUACUUUACUUCCAUUGACAUUCGCAAUAUUGUGCGCGCGCAGGCCAACAAUGUCGUCCGCAGCGACGCUGACCCUAAGUUUUUCUUGCAAUAUACAGACAUUCAACUCGGCGCACCAUCUAUUGACGAAGAAGCCUUCGUGAGCACUAGCGUUACGCCACAUCAAUGUCGUCUUCGUGAUCGCACGUACGCUGCACCCGUUUACGUGAGCGUGCGCUACCGUCGUGGUAACAAAAUUGUAACAAAUAACAAGGUACUUAUUGGUCGCAUCCCCAUCAUGCUGCGUAGCGCGCGCUGUGUUCUUGCGGGCAAGAGUGAGGCUGCAUUGGCUAAACUGAAAGAGUGUCCAUAUGAUCCAGGAGGUUACUUCAUCGUACGUGGUGUGGAGAAGGUUGUGCUGAUCCACGAACAGCUGUCAAAAAAUCGAGUUAUCAUUGAAGAGGACGCUAAACGCAAUGUGUGUGCCAGUAUUACUAGUUCCACACAUGAACGCAAGUCAAGAACCAAUAUCUUUUUGAACAAAGGCCGCGUUUACUUAAAGUCUAAUUCGUUCGGAAGUGAUCUCCCGAUUGUCAUCGUUUUUCGAGGAAUGGGAGUAGAGAGUGAUCAAGAAAUUGUCAGUUUGGUUGGCAGUGAACCCGAUAUUUGUGAUGCCAUGUCUGCAACUUUCGAAGAAGCCUCGGAUCUGAAGAUUUUUACUCAGCAGCAAGCGCUUGAGUUCAUUGGGUCCAAGAUGAAUACUCUCACCAAAAUUGGAACGACGGGAGGUCGACAUCGUGGUGCUGGGCGUCCGCAAAAAGAACGUAGCUUGGUAGAUGCUGCGCGUUCGGCUUUGGCUUACUUGUUGUUGAACCACGUUCCGUGCGAGAACUACAAUUUUCGACUCAAAAGCAUCUAUGUGGCACAUAUCGUGCGACGGAUUCUCUUUACGGAUAAGGAUCGAACUCGUUUGGAUGACAAAGAUUACUAUGGUAAUAAACGGCUAGAGCUGGCCGGUCAGUUGCUGUCGUUGCUUUUCGAGGAUCUUUUUAAGCGCUUUAACAGCGACUUAAAGCGUCAGGCGGACAUGGUGUUAAGUAAACCAAACCGUGCGUCGGUAUUUGACAUUAUCAAGUGUGUUCGUACUGACACAAUUACACAAGGUUUCUACCAUGCGCUUUCGACUGGUAAUUGGACGCUAAAACGUUUUCGAAUGGACCGUGCUGGUGUCACCCACGUGCUUUCGCGCCUCUCGUACAUGUCGGCGCUGGGCAUGAUGACUCGUAUUUCGUCUCAGUUUGAAAAGACUCGUAAAGUUUCUGGUCCUCGGUCGUUGCAGCCAUCUCAGUGGGGAAUGCUGUGUCCUGCGGAUACACCCGAAGGCGAAGCUUGUGGUCUUGUUAAAAAUCUAGCAUUACUGUGCCACGUGACGUCAGAUGAAGAAUCGGCUCCGAUAAAGAGACUAUGCUUCGACUUAGGAGUGACUGACGUAUCACUGAGUUCUGGAGAAGAGAUCAACCACGCGUCUAAUUAUUUAGUGAUAUUAAAUGGUGUGAUAAUCGGCACUCAUGUGAACCCACGUGCCUUUGUUACCCGUCUGCGUCGUAUUCGACGUGCAGGUCUCAUUGGCGAGUUCGUCUCCGUCAUGAUACACGAUGUGCAGCGUGUGGUUUACAUAGCCUCUGACAGUGGUCGUGUAUGCCGUCCUCUACUGCUCAUUGAUCCCUUAACGCAUCGUACGCGCCUAACACAGCGUCAUUUAGACGAGUUGCGUGCUGGCGUACGUGAUCUAAGUAGCCUCAUUGUUGAAGGCUGCGUGGAAUACGUGGAUGUAAACGAGGAAAAUAAUUGUCUUGUGGCCUUGCACGAAAGCGAGAUUGGCAACCUCACGACUCAUCUUGAAAUCGAUCCAGUAACAAUUCUUGGUGUGGUGUCGGGUCUGAUUCCGUAUCCGCACCAUAAUCAGUCUCCACGUAACACUUAUCAAUGUGCUAUGGGCAAACAAGCGAUCGGUACUAUUGCUAUGAAUCAAUUUGAGCGGAUCGAUACUUUGCUUUACGUUAUGGUCUAUCCGCAGAUGCCCAUGGUAAAGACUCGUGUGCUAGAUCUUGUAAAUUUCGACCAUGUACCAGCAGGACAAAAUGCAAUCGUGGCUGUCAUGAGUUAUUCCGGUUACGACAUUGAAGACGCUAUCGUCCUCAACAAAGCAUCGCUAGAUCGUGGCUUUGGACGCUGUAUGGUAUUUAAAAAAUACCAGACUAUGAUCAAAAAGUACGCGAAUGGGUCAUAUGAUCGCAUUGUGGGGCCGCCUGAUUUUGACAGCCUUGGUACAUCCGUUGGUUCGAGUAUGGGCUUUCGCAGCGCAAAGUUUUCUUCUCUCGACGCUGAUGGUAUCAGUCGUGUUGGUGGUAUUGUCCAAAAUGGCGCGAUAAUCGUUAAUAAGGAGCAGCCCACUCAAUUUAAUGACUCGGUUGAUGGACGUGAUCCGCUAGACGUAACGUAUUCGCCAUCGCCAACUACAUAUAAGGGACCUAUCCCAGCGUAUGUGGACAAAGUGCUUCUCACUUCUUCGGAGGCCAAUCACUUUUUAGUGAAAGUGUUAGUCCGUCAGACCCGUCGACCUGAGAUCGGAGAUAAAUUUAGUAGUCGUCACGGUCAAAAGGGUGUUUGUGGUACAAUUCGCAACCAGGAAGAUAUGCCUUUCAAUGAUCAGGGAAUUUGCCCCGAUCUGAUCAUGAAUCCACAUGGUUUCCCUAGUCGUAUGACAGUAGGCAAGAUGAUUGAGUUGAUUGCAGGGAAGGCUGGAGUUCUCACAGGCCGUCGUGCUUAUGGUACGGCUUUUGGGGAAAAGUAUGGCUCGGCUGAUCACGUAUUAGAUUGUUCGCGGGAACUGGUGCAGAACGGCUUCAACUAUGCCGGCAAGGAUUAUCUUACGUCUGGAAUCACGGGCGAGGUGAUUGAGUGCUACAUAUUCAUGGGUCCAAUUUACUACCAAAAACUCAAACAUAUGGUGAUGGACAAGAUGCACGCUCGCGCUCGUGGACCUAGAGCUGUUCUGACUCGUCAACCAACUGAAGGUCGAUCCCGAGAUGGUGGUCUGCGUCUUGGUGAAAUGGAACGCGAUUGUCUGAUCGGUUAUGGCGCAAGUAUGUUGCUCAUGGAACGACUCAUGCUAUCUAGUGAUGCAUUUACCGCAGAUGUGUGCCAGGGCUGCCGCAUGCUUGGUUACGAAGGAUGGUGUCAGUAUUGCAAAACAGAGGAAAAAGUUGUCAGCAUCCAAAUACCUUAUGCCUGCAAGCUGCUUUUCCAGGAACUGCAGGCCAUGAACAUUGUGCCGAGAUUGACGCUUAAGGAGUAUUAA